CUACAAAAUGUAGGAUGUUUUCUUGUCCUUUUUUUGUCUUAGAAUGUUUAGGCGCAGGGCUAUUGCUUUGCUUCUCUGUAGUUGACAUGGUGAAAAGUUCAACUCGGUUGAAUUGUAGUGCACUUAACGUCACGUGAAUUUGGGUAGGCUUCUGUGCUGUUUGGCAAUCGGCAUUCCUCCUCCUCUCUAUUAGUCUGCUGCUAAACACACAACACUCUCGGAGAGAACACAAUGACAUAUCGGAGUUCGAGACACGGUGAAGACAGCCGACGGUCACCGGACUACUGAUGGGAAAACGAUAUUUUUCGCACAAAAUUAACCGUUUACCUCAAGCAUAAACUUUCAAACAACAGGAAAACGUUGCCUUAUUAUAUUGAGAAAUCCAGGACACAGGCACCAUGGCGAAGUUUUACAGGGAAACCACGAAUCAAUAGAAAGGGUUAUUGCAGUUCUCUUCUGGGUCGGACCAGUUGGGUCAGACGAGAGACUCCUCAGUGACAAAGAAAAGACGAGUGAUUGACGCGCACCAUGGAGGGCGGGAACGAUGUGGAUCUGUCCAACAGUAACAUCACCCCGCUGUGGAAGCGGCGCUCAGCCACUGGCCCCAGCAAGCUAAAGGCCCGGCCCCUCAGCUACCAGAUAGACGGAGUUCACAUGACUGACUUCCCCGUAGAGGACAACAAGUGCAGCUUUACCCUGAGUCAGCCUGCAGAGAGACUGGUGGCCACGCCGGGAGGAGGGACAGUCAUUCUGAAGCACGUUCUCAACCAACCCACCAGGAGAACACGGGUAGUCAGGAGUAUAAGUAUUGGACAUCUGUCCAAAGGACGUUUCUCUCUGUCCAAGUUCAAGUCGGAGGAUGAUAAGUUGCUGUCGUUGAACAGUAAGGCAUGUCACGGUGGGAGUGUUGAUAAUGUGUGGUCAGACAAGCCUCUGCUGGACACCCAGAAUCCACUAUCCAGCCCGUUCACCCUCACCGCUCACAGGGACCAGAUAGUGUUUGGGACGAGCCCUUCACCACCGGACUCUGCCUCCUCCAAACACCCCUCUCCCCCUGCCUCCCCCAAUAAGCAACACCACCAUAACCUGACCUCCCCUUCUUCCUACCACCCCUUAACUCCUGUCCCCUCUCCCCUAACCCCAGCCACUCUCCCCUAACCCCAGCCAC